AUACAUUUGAUCGGUACAACUCGUUGGUCUUCCUCGACGUCGACUCGACUCGGUACUGUGCCUGUGCGUUUCAUCGAUAUAUAUUCAUAAUGCUCGAUGAAAAAACUACAAGCUUUAUAUGAAUUCGAGUCCCGUUAAAAGAAAUUCUCCGCAUAUGAAAUGAAGCUUGUCAGUCGCCACUUUUGAUUUUUCGAGGGAGAUGAUGCCAACCCGUUUUGUUUUUGAAAUGAACAUAAGAUUUACCGCAAGUAGAAGCUCUCUCGUCAGCUGCAAUUCAAAUCCAACCCUCGCAUGAACAUGAUGUUUCUAGACGAGUAGCGACUAAAAAUGUAAAUAUAAAACCGAAAUCUAUAAAUUUUUGUAUUCGUACCCUAUAAAAACCUUAACCUUUCUUGUCUUGUAAUACAAGUCUACGCCUAUCCUCUGAAUCGAACUAAAUGUGAACAUUCAUCAAUAAUUGCGGUAUUUCGAUUUCAACAUGUUCGUGGCGAGCCGAGAUCACAACCUGUGUGGUGUCUAUUGUAUCAAUGACACCAAUGUGGAGAGCUUCGUAAAAAACGAAGGACGUCAAUUUUCGCUAUUCAAGUUUGGCGAUCCGGCGACUAUAUCAAGGUAAGUACAGCUACAACACGAGCUUAUGUUUUAUUAUGUUUGGUGUUUUAUGUUUGGUGUUUCAUGAAGAACAUGAACAUGAGCUAGAUUGACCCAUGGUCUUGAUGCAGAAUUAUCAAAGGCAGUUGUAGUACCUACAACAAGUACUUCUAGGUUCGCCCGUUUUUACGAAACUACAUACUCCUCAAACAUCAGGUAUGCCGACAAAGUCGCUGACCUCAUCACGGAGCGUUUUGGUGCGCGAAUAGAGGAAAUCCAACGUCGCUCAGGCUCUGAAGCAAAGUGGGCAGCGACUCAUCGAGAAGUAGCGAAGAGCAAGAAAGAGGAUGCUGGUCGCAGUGUUACUGUUAUGGCUUGUGUUGAUUUUAAUCACUUCUCAGCACUUUUUUUUGAUACAACAACGAACCAGAUGAACGACGGAUGAACAGAACAAUGAACUUCAUUCUAUUUCUACAACAGUAAUAAAAGCGAUGUAAAAUACUUACCAUGAGUUUACCUCUGUGUAAGUUUUGCUUCAAACUUGGCCAGGAAGGGUAAUGAUUUUUUUCAAAUUUUGAUCGCUCUAAUUCAAGCACCAGCGCAAGCUCGAUACCGAUCCUCGGAGCUUCGGACCCCUCUUCUGCUGGAGACCAUAAUUAAGGUUCCUUCGCCUAAUCCAUCCUUUGAAACAUCCUCGGGAGGCUUCUCAAGGGGAGAAGGCGCCUGGGAUGCAUUUCGAGAUGGAUUCGAUUAUAAUGUCUAACAUAAGCAUAAGUUCGAGCACAAUGACAGAAAUUCUUCCUACAGCUGGACUGCCGCAUCCACGUGGCCCGCUGCGGCUUCUGGCCACCAGCAGAGUCGUGUCCUCGGAACGCCAGUCACAGCCUCGAAACGCAGUACCACUUUCCUCAGCGAAGAUGCUGAGAGUUGUAAGUUCUCAGUGAACUCCUCAAUGUCCCCUCGAGGGCUAGUCCGGUCUCGCUCGACUGAUACGCACGAUCUGGAAGUGGAACAAAACAAGUCCUUCAAUAGUUCUUGUACCAGGAAUGCGCACGAUCUGGAAGUGGAACAAAACAAGUGCUCGUCCUUCAAUAGUUGUACCACGAAUCAACACCAACAUGCUGGUGGUGCAAGCGCGGCCACAACUAUCGUUACUUCACUAAUAUCUUCAGGGACCACCACAUCAUCUUCCAGCACAUGCGUUGCUACUGGCAGGAGCUGUUCGGCGGCAGCUGAUGGCAGGAGCUGUUCGGCGGCAGCUGAUACAGCAUCCUCUUCGACCUGCUUUUGGCCUACAACAGGAGGAGGAUGUUCUGCGUCGAGUCCCCAAGCGGACGCGACUGACUUCUCUGAUCGAAGCGAAAAGGAUGAUAAAUUGCGAUCAGAGAACUACAAGCAUCUACAGGCCUUACACGCAGUUCGUGCUGAAUUGGAGAAUGCAAGGAGAUUAUCGGAAGAGGAAGGGGAAGGGGAGGAACACGAAGUACAACCUCAGAUGAACAACAGCUCUUCGCGUUGUUCGCCACCACCAGUCCCUAUCGCCCUGAGAACUGACAGUCGUGCCACUUCAUCGUCAUCCAGUCCUGGCGGCGUCAGCUCAUCUUUCCAGAAUUUGACGUUGCUAAGCUGUGCUACGAGUAACGCCUCGCCCGUUGAGGGCGCCGCUGGGAUCAUGCGAGAAGAAUCUGCUGAAGCAGUUGCUGAUGCAUUGAUUGAGCACAUGGCAACGCCAAAAACAGUUGUUCCUGAGAGGAAUAUGUUCGUAAACCAAGAACUACAACUAUUACCUGUAGGACAGCCCAAAGUAACUGCGACAGGAGCGACCACAUCUUCCAGUGCCAGUAGUUUCCCCACAGCCGUCGCAUCUCCGCUUUCGGUUGGCCUUUCUGCACCAUCUGCUAUGAUCACUAAAAGUAUCGGUAAAAGCGAACACCCUAGUAGAAGUAACUGCGCGACACCAGAGCCACGCUGGCGUAACCCGCCCGCAGUGUCUUCAGGGAAAAAGUUUGCAUCAUUGUUAUUCGAGCAAUUUGAGAGAGCCGAAAUGGACGAUGCAACGCCUAAGCUGUCCGAAAGGAGUAUUCUUCUGGCGUGUGCUAGUCCAGAUUUGAGCCAGAGCCCGUGCAUUUUUGACCAUGAUGUCCACGCUGAAAAGUCCAACGCUGUUGAGCCGGCAGGAGUACUAAAUCAGGAAAAUAAAAGUCUGAUUUACACUUCUAGGUUGAAGAAAGCCAGAAAAUUUUCGUUACAAGUAGAUGUCGAUAUGGUGGAACAAGAAUGUGAAGAUGCGAUUGAAACACCAGAUGAAGAGCAGGAAGAACCAGUAGGUGAAAUCAUGAGGAGUGUUUCGUCGUCGCUGAAACGAAAAACACCAUCACGAACAUCUUACUCUGCCAGCACUGGUAUAAUAAUAUUCAAAGCAGAUGAAAUAGAUGAAGGUGGGAUCGACACACACGAUGAUGACGAUCAUCUACACGAUACAGAAGCCGAAGAAGAAGAUGAAGAGGCACGACAUCUUCAAAGACAAAGACCACUGAAGAGCGCGGUUCAACCUUCAUCCUCCUCCCUAUUCCAACGCGACACUUCAUCGACUUGUGAAGCAGGUGAUGAAAAAUCAAGUCAAACAGAUGCCCACGAUGCGGUUGAGCAGGAGUCCUCUGCCUGGACAGAGUCCCUCUUAGCUGUUGUACCUCGUUAUGGAAGUAGUGAAAAAACUAUUGUACGACCCACUAUAACUACAGCAUCCACACCAGCAUCGUCAUCUUCCUCAGAACCACCUCUGAAGAAAAAGGCACGCACACUCCGACGAGCAUCUAGUGACUUUCUAGUGUCUGACGUAACCUUUGGCGGCAGUCAUCACAUUGUAGGUCCCGAUUGUGGUGGAACGAGGACUCGUGAAUGUCCACUGGAAACAAUAUCAGAAGAGUGCGGCGCUGCAUCCUUGGAACAAGGCGAGACGGAUCAAGGCGGUAAUUCUGAAUAGGAUCUAACAAAUUUGUAUUUGCAUUUCUCGUCAUCUUUCCUUGUUGUGUACUUAAAUGGCUCCGGUAUUUGGUAACGUGAAUUUGAUCACAAGGGUUCUCGACUUGUUUUCCCUUAUGAUCAAAUUCAGGUUACCAAAUACCGGAAGCAUACAGUACUACGAUCUCUUGUUUACACCCUCGACGCUCCUCAACGACCACAAAUCCAGAUAUCGUUAUCUCUGCGGACUUGCGGGACGUCGUACAAAGGCAUCGUAAGGAUUUCCAGAACAUUGGCACCAGUGAUGAAACAAAUACAAGUGAUAUCGAAAUGCUAGCUUCAUCUGACGAACCACAUGCUGUCAUGCCAGAAGGUAAAGAGCGUGCUAGCACAACCCACUUCAAGCCACCACGAACGAGUGCGAAAUGGAUAGCACCAGAACAAGAGCUGCACGACCAAAAGUGUGAACAUCCAACAUCUUCAACAUCUCAUCAAGCCAAUAAACGUAAUUGCAUUUUUCCCGAACCACCAAAUCCAAAUAGUAAUUAUAGUUCCCCUGCUCGUGAGAACGCGAAGAUCGUAAUUGUCGCGGUCUCUUCAGCCACUAGCAUCCCUAAAGCAAGUCAAUUGUUGUUGGAGCAAGUUUGUGCGCGACUGCAGUUGCCUCUAGGGAAUAUGCGCACAUUUGCCGAAAAUUUCAAUAGCGGCUAUGCCUACUCAAACUCGUUGCAAGAACGGCUCACGCUAAUUGAGCAAAUGCGACUGGAAUACGAUGAUCGGGGACCGAGUACUACUAUUGUAAAUACUUUUUAGAAUUCUAUCACUAUCUCUUGAGCAGGUCGUGUAUCCCACCUAACUGAUGUCGUCUCAGUGCUGACAGUCAACCAUGACCAGGUAUCGGCCCCAACACCGAACUAGUUAUUUUCAUCGAUGACGUUCUUGCUUCUGGUGCUACUUACAUGCGGACACAAGAUGCUUUGGCCCAGAGAGGGCUAAACCCAGAGAAUCUACAUGCUGCGGUUAUAGUGAACCUAGUAUCAGAAACCGUAUCUUUGGAAGGAAGUUUUAACAACGUGUCGCUUUCAGUUGAAUCGCCGACGCAUAUCUUGGUGGAGGUUUUGAAGAGGCAGACGGAAGGGAAGCCGGUGCUUAAUAUUUACCUAUCAUUAUAAAUAUUAGUAUAUUGGGAACGACACGCGGCGCCUAGAAUAGACGGAUCCUACUUAACAUGGCCAUUAUUAAUAUUUCUGUACUUCUCUAUCCUUUACCCACUAACCUUCCAUUUUCUUUUCCUAGUGAAGUUAGCUUGCUUGGCUCCACCCAUAGUACUAUUUUUGUUGGAACACCCGAACACGUCCAAGCGCACUAUGAGGCUCUUGAGAGCAAAUGGAAUGAUUAUCGUUGCAAUGUAACAGAAAGACGAUCAGAACGGACGUGCCGAAUGAUCACUGACUGUUUAAGGCCCUGAAAUGGUAUCAAAAUGGGUUCAAUGUCAUUGGGAUAUCAUGAAGGGUCAUAGUGCAGUUAAAGAUCUGGGAGAUCUUGCUGCUAAUUCAUGUUGGGUUUCAUUGAGUUCAAAUGAUGAUCAUACGAGGAACUAACAUAAGUUCAAGACAAGGAACGGCAUUGAUCAUGAUCAAGGUGACGAGUGAGAGCAGUCAUUUGGCAUUGAAAUCAGGUUCAUCCAUUGGAUCUUGAGCCAGUAAUGACCAUUGACCAACACCCCUCCUCAAUCGCUAGGUGAGGAAAUGACGAAAGUCACAAACGGUCUGGCGUUACCUGCCCUGACCCAGAACCAUCACGAUUCGUUGUAUAGCCACUGACGUCACCUCUGACCAACGACCUAACACCCUAAGAAGAUAGAAUAGGUAAGCACCGCCAAAGAAGCAGAACUUGAACCAGACUCAUCAUCUUCCGUUUCCGAGUCGCUAUCAUCUUCAAUAUGGUUACGGCUAAUUACUGGAUUCUCUAUGUGAUGUAAUAAUAAUCUGCGUUGAGUAGAUGAGCACGAAAGUUUCGUUAGUCCAUCAGCUUUCAUAAGGUGAGUAGGACAGAAAACUACUUUCUCAGCUGCAUCCCUAACCCUUAAAUAACGUAAUGCGUAGUGUCUACUUUUAGGCUUCGUGUCUUCAUUCUUUGCUGUCGAGAUUGCAGACUGGUUGUCUAUCCACAAUGUGGCAUCGUCGAGGGAUGGCGAUAUACCAAACCGCGUUUCCACUAGUUGAGUGGGUAAGGGAUUGAAGAAAUCUGUAAAAUCAUGCAGCUCGCUCAUGACAAUAGUGUCCGACGCGGCUAUAUACUCUGACUCUGCAGUUGAAUAUGCACGCCCGGUUUGUGUAUUGCGUUUCCAACAGAUUGGAAAACCCCGAUAGUACAUAAUCGAACCACUGGUCGAGCGCAUGCUCUUUAUGCAGUUUGCGAAUCCUGCAUCUGAGAACCAGUUAGUAUACGGUAGCUCUCUUCCUUCUGGUAGGAGCUUCUUGUAGAUUUCGUUGAAUUCUUCCUCACUUUCUGGAGAGUAAUAGAGUCCUUGGUCUUUUGUCGUAGCUAGAUACUUUAAUACCUUUCUACAGGCUUUUGCAAUUCUUUCUGUAACGGGCUUACUGACAUACCGAGCCAAUGUCGCCACAGGGACGCAAAUACCUGGCCUUGCGGUUGUCGAUAUCCAAAGCAGUGCGCCAACAAUCUCACGCAAUGGAAACCCGGCUGCUAGCUUAAGCCCCUCCUCAAGCAAAGCAGACUCGUCGAAAUUUGGAGACCGCACCGGCUUGCCUAAUGUUAUUUUAUACUUCUGUAAAGUCUUCUCUAUGUACACACUCAUCAGGAUUUUCACUGAACGUGCUUCCCGACAAUAGUGCACAAUCGCACCAAGAAAGUCGAACUCUAGCCAUUCGAAACUCGUGUGAGAAUCGACUCGCUUUGCCAUCUCAAUAGGUCGGCCAGGGGCGCGACUAAAGAUCCGGUCGAGCUCGGGCCGUAACUCAUGAUAGUCAGGUCCAGUAGCUAAGUUAUCAUCAACAUAGACUGACAUCUUCAUAUACUUUCCUGGGUGCGUUUUGCUCUUUUUCCGCCACAAUCCUGGAGCAGAAGGACACGGCUCCCAUCCGAGUUCGGACAAUAGCGCGCAAUACUUCUUGAACCAGGCUCGUGGAGCGUCCUUGAGCCCAUAGAGAGCUUUCUUAAGCUUGACGAUAUCCGCUCCAUGCUUCUCCGCCCACACUGGUGGAAGACGGCAGAAGACGUCGCGAUCGAGUUCAGCAUUAAGGAACGCAGAAUCAAGGUCGAAGGGGAUGACGAAGUCAGAGUCCGUCGCUGCUGAAACGAGUAAAAGUCUAUUCGCAGCGUGUGACACUACAGGGGCGUAGGUGUCGAUAUUCCCCGAACGAUCAAGAUUCCCGAGCACACAAGCACGAGCUUUGAAUGUUCCAUCACGUUUUACCGUGAGAACGAUUGCUAUAGGCAUUACCUGAGAAGAGGUUCGCAGCUCCUCGUCAGUAGCUGGCGCCCAAGUCUCAAAGGCAAGUAGUCUAGCUUCCUCCUUGGUGAUAGCUGCACGCCAUUUUUCGGCGUCAGGGCUUUUCAAGGCUUGGGAAACUGACAGCAUGACAUGUGCUUCGAGAAAGGUCUCCCCUUCUUCCAGCUCAUGCCCACCUGCUAGCAUGGCAAAUUUAGUCAUGUCUUUUCUUAAUGCUUCUAGCUCGGCUUUUGUUCUUCUUUUGCGUUGUCCUGGAUUCUUAUCCUUGCUCCCUUUAGGUCUUCCUCGGCCUUUCUUCCCCUCCUCAACUUUGCCUGGUUGAGAUGGUGGAAUGGGUAAGGACCUCGGAUCCCUUGCUUCAGGAUUAGAGUCAGGUGACACACGCUCCGAUGAGAUAUUCCCCUCCUCAACGCGUUGCGCGUCAGAGUUGGAAUCAUCACCGGUCUUUGGAUCUUCCUCUUUGUCCAAAGAUUCACAGAAAAACUCAACAAUGUCAUUGUUAUCUAGUGUCAUUUCCAUGCCGGUUGGAUCGCCUGAGCUGUACUCCGUGCCAGAGAAGCGCGGCUGACAGGCCAUACGUUGCAGCGCAUGUCUGUGCAGGACGGGACCCACCCAGCGACGGCGUGCCAGACUGCAGGUUUUCCAGCGGGUCAUAAUCAACAUAAAUGCCCUUCGACGUAGGCAAUAGCCAAUCAAUAUUUUUGACUAAUAUCGACUCUCGAAAUUUCACAUCUAGUGUGGAAUACUCACUCCACUUGAAGCCAGCUUUCGUUCUCCCAUCGUUGUGAUAUGUACCUACUAGACAACCAGACGAAACUGGACACAGACCGAGAAACACACCACGCCGAUAAGGUGACGCAAGCUUUGCUUCUUUCUUGUUGGUGGUGUCUACGACCUGUUCACGAAAGUACACCAAACAGCCAAAUCUUCUUAACAUACCUAGACCACUUUUCGAGGACUUCUUUCCUAUCCUCUUUUCUAGUAUCUCGACAGGACUCAUUCCGUCAUGUUCUGGCAUUUUUGCAUAACGAUGCGGUAAGCGAUUCCAACAAUCUCCGGCAUACUGUAAGCAGUAACACCAAAGACGUCGGUCGACUUUGACCAACAUGGUACGCACAGCACCGAAAAUGGUCCGCAUGAAACGUUCGCAAGUUCCGUUCAUUUCUGGGCUGUAAGGAACUCCAGGAAUUUCCGAAACCAGUAGCGAUUGCAUGACUUUGGUCAUAUGGUCACUACUUAGGACGGGUUCGCUAUCUCUACGGAUGAACCAUGCCACCUUGUCGUCGAGUGACAGUGAGUAGUCCUGGCGAAUGCCUUUUAUUACUUCUUCAAUCACCUCUACGCAGUCCGACUUAAGGCAAAGAGGACGAACGAAACACAUUUUAAUCGAAUCGCAAAUAAUGAUUAAAGCGCGUCUUUUGCUUCUUAUAGAGACUGGUCUAAUACCAACUGCGAAAUCAAUUGCAAGUGUUUUCAAUGGAGAAGGUAUAUGCCCAGCGGGCCUCACUUUUGCGUGAGAGCGUCUUUGACCUUUGGUUCGAUCACAUUCUGGACAAGAUACACUAAGGCCAUCAGCGUGAAAGUGGCCAAGUCUACGAUGUAUGUCUAAUCUUGAGGCUUGUGAAUGAAGUCUAGCUUCUUCUAUACUAGUGCGUACUAUAUCCUCCUCAGUUUCAUUUUCUUCUUUGCUAAACAUGUCACAGCCUAGAAUAGGUAACUGCAUCUGGGGGCAAUUUGUUAUGGGUAGAGAGCGGCCGGAGCGGGUAUUGUACAACGUUCCGCCACUUUCUGUGAAAUUCAUUUGCCAACCCUUCCCAUGACAGUUUCCUUCACCUAACCACGGUAUAAUGCGAUCUAUGGCUUUUGGUAAGUGUUCAAAGUGUGCGCCAUAUUUUAAUCCUAAUUUAUUCUCUUUCAGUCGACCUAGGUUCCCACUUCGCUUUCCAGCAGUGCCACUAAUAUGACAAAGCCGGUGGCUAAUCUUCUUGAAAUCGGAACGAUGGCUAGACAAAUACUUAUUUGCACAACUGUCAACAAGUGAAACUGUUUUGCUUUGAUUUGCACUAAGAUAGCAAUCUGAGCGACUAUCAAUCAUAUAGCUUUCACCCCUAAACAGUUCACUUCUAUGGUCUUUAUUCUCAAAGUUUUCUUCAAAGUUCAGCGAACAUCUUCCAUCCUCAUUUUCGAAAUCUUCUUCCAAUUCUUCUACCUCUUGGGACUGUCCAUCUCGUUUCCCAUAUCCAUUCCAUUCCGGAUUGGUUUCGACUCAGCGUUGUGGUUGUUGUCCACCCCAUUGCUGCUGUGGGUUACCGUUGUCGAAUCCUUUUCCUCCACUUUGUGGUGGUGGAUAGCUGUUCUGGUGCCACGGAGGGAUAGCGUUACCUUGCGGCCAACAGUUGUAUGAAUUGUUGAAGAAGUUGCUGCCCAUGGCUUUGUUAGGUUGGUAGCUUUGACUCAUCGGGUUUAGCCAGCAUUUGUGCGCCUUAUGUCCAUACUUGUGGCAAUAGUUGCACUGGAUACCCUCAUUAGGAUUUGAGUUCUUAGCGCCUUUACCUUUGCCAUUUCCUUUGUAUGUGGUGUGCGUUGGCCUUCAUCUUGUGUAGAUCGCACUCAGGACAAUUCACCUGGAGGCCAUCUAUAUGAAAGUGCCCGCGCCUUCUAGGAAGUUCGAGUCUUGUAAGAUAACAGCUACUGACUCCUUCUUCUACUGUUGUACAAAUGUAACCACCGCCAGUCUCUUCUUUGAAUAAGUUGCAUGCAAGUGUGGGAAGCUGCAGGCGUGGAUGGUUUCUUGUGGGUAUGGCCUGUCUGGCGUCCGUAUGCACGAGACAACCAUCUGUGCCAUUGAGUUUGAAUUCCGAUCCUAAUAGCGAGCAGCCCCCUUCACCUAGUCAAAGUGUAAUAUGAUCUACGUCCUUCUUCCAGCGCUACCAUUAGUCCUACAAGUUCUCAUAGUUUUCUCACUGAAGUCGUCUUUGUGUCUUGAAAGAAAUUUGUUUGCACAACUAUCAACCAAAGUAACUUCUUUUCCCCUUUCCACUGGUUCCGCAUCUCAGCUCUGCUCUUGCGACAUUUUGACUGAUUGCGUCCUCCCGGGUGGUCACUCCGUUAGGAAUAGAUACCAUGAGGAGCUGCCGUCACGCCAACUACAUUCGGGUAGUUUUGACGCAAGCCGAGACUUCGCAGGACAUUUUGUUUCUAGAUGAAUUUCUACUCUAUACUAAGCCGGGCUCAAGGGCUUGAAACAGUGUUGGAACACCCGAACACGUCCAAGCGCACUAUGAGGCUCUUGAGAGCAAAUGGAAUGAUUAUCGUUGCAAUGUAACAGAAAGACGAUCAGAACGGACGUGCCGAAUGAUCACUGACAGACUGUUUAAGGCCCUGAAAUGGUAUCAAAAUGGGUUCAAUGUCAUUGGGAUAUCAUGAAGGGUCGUAGUGCAGUUAAAGAUCUGGGAGAUCUUGCUGCUAAUUCAUGUUGGAUUUCAUUGAGUUCAAAUGAUGAUCAUACGAGGAACUAACAUAAGUUCAAGACAAGGAACGGCAUUGAUCAUGAUCAAGGUGACGAGUGAGAGCAGUCAUUUGGCAUUGAAAUCAGGUUCAUCCAUUGGAUCUUGAGCCAGUAAUGACCAUUGACCAACAAUUUUAGUAUAGUUAUAAUAUAACUUUUUUAACAUUUCAAAGGAGGUCAGUCUACCUCUACGUCCAAGAAUUUGAUUCCAGAUGGCAGACUCACUUUGCAUCUUUUCCAACUCUUUUCCAACCCAUUGUACCUUUUACCCACAAUCAACCUCCAGGUCUGGAAGAUGCUUACCUUCCUUCUCAACUCGCUUCCCGACAGUGGAUAUGAGCGACUGUGUGCGUAUCUGAAUGUCUCGAGUAACGCCUCUGUUAAAGAGUGGCUCGUGGACGCAACUCUAGAAUCCGGUUUGCAAAAAGUGUACGAGUCGCGUUUCCAACUGCUAGCGGGGACGAAUGAUCAACAAAGCAAAACGCUUAAGCGGGUUUGUACUGUGGGAUGAUGAAUAAACUUCGCACCUUGUACUGUAUUAGGGCGCGGCUUUGUACAAGUUGAAUGAUCCGCCGCCGAUGUUGUGGUGGCUCGUACUGUAACGCGCGAUUUUGUGCAUGGAAUUCACCCACGUUCCGCGUACGUAGGCGUAGCAGAACAAGCGUGUGUAGGCACUGUGCUGGUCAAAAAGUCAAAGUGGAUUUUCUCCACGAGUGUGUAUGUGUAAAUAAUAUUUUUUUUCCUGCUUGUCUUUGAGCUACAACAUAAAACAUAACAUGCUACUCUGCUGAGUUAUAUUCUUUUCGAAAGUUAUACUACUAGGAUACAACUUCUAGGACGCUGGUGCUGAUUUACAUCCAUGGAGUACCCGCUCAUUCGAGGGCCCAUGUCGAUAUCACCUCUGCUACGUCCGAGCUCGACGGAGACAUCGGAAGCAUAAUGAUGCUGCUCAUUGGAACCAAUUAUACCUCUACAAUAGAUACCUCAGACUCAAGGUCUGUUUCCAUCCCUACCUCUUUUUUCCACCUCAGCUUGCUACUACUUUAGAAACUCAUCUAUAAGUAAUUAGAGUGAUCUUCAAUAAUCUUCCGCCAGUGAGACAGAAUAUUCUUUGACGUGUACGUACGCUGAUUGCAAUUUUUUCUUCAAAUACAAUGCUACUGCUAGCUAGGUAAAACAUUUCUCGCCGGUCAACAUAAGUAUAUACUAAUCGGAAUGGAUUUCGUUCUCUUUUCGUUUUGUUUUUCAACCGUCCUCAGAAUGGAAAUACGAUCAUGCAGUCAAUGUCCAUGUUGUCAUUGUAGACGACGUGUCAUUCUCUGUGUAAUCGUAUUUCCUUAUCAGGUUCGGAACAAUGAAAUUGUUGUAAUUUUUGAGUUAUUUAAGUUUCCAUAUUUCAUCCAGUAGAUUCGUCAGGUAUCAUCUGACUCCACUCUGUUUUUCGAAUCGAUGUCUUUUUCAGUAUUAAGAUUCUGCUUCUUUGUUCUCUUCCAUUUUUGUUCCUAAAGGGACCGCGAUCGUGCUAGAAAUUCCGAAAAAAUUAAUGUCGAAAAAAUUGCGCGAUUAUAAUGAUAAUGGCAACACCUAGAAACCAAUAACGAAAGCCUACUUCUCUUGAACGAUUACAACAAUUUAUUCAAUGAAUCUGAACGCAAUCAGCGUGUAGGCGCGACUGCUGUGAUAUACGGCCGAAAGCCCAGCGGAGGUUUGCCGACGUCUCCGACUGAAUGAAUGAAUCAGCAAUGGGGCGUCCCGAAU